AUGCCGAUUGGGAACGUCAGCAAAGAGACGGCACCCAGACGGGACAGCUUCAGGCCCCCCUGGGUUAAGGAAAAAGACACAGAGAGUCCACCAGCAUGGACUCAGAGGAAGCUGAAGCCUGUGGACAGCUUCGGCAAGACAGCGACCGCGGAGAGCACUGAUGCGGCACCAAUUACGAAACCUUUAAAACCGGUACUUAAAAAGCAGGUAACAAUAAGAGAAAAAUCAGAAAACGGUUCGUCUGAAACGGUAGAAGAAAAACUAGUUAAGCCUUCAACAGCAAAACAGGCUGAUAGAGCAAAUAAUCCUACAGAUGAAAAAUCAAGAUUUACAAAACCAGCCCUGAAAACUAUUGACAAGUCUAUCAAAUCAGAAGACAAAGUAACCAAUGACAAAAUUCCGGAAAAAUCAACUUUAAAAAGCGUCAGAACUAUUGAUGACAAAGCAAAAGAAAAAUCAGUAACAAUUGUUGAUAGAAAACCUGAUAGAAAUGGUACAGAUAAAGCAAAUAAUUCUGUCAAUGAUAAGAUUACAAACGAUAAAGGUUCUACUUUGAAUAAUAAUACGAAAACCAUCAACAAAGUAGGAGCACCUGAAAAAUCAAUCUCAAAAACAGUUGCACCGAAAUCAAGUCAAACAUCUGAAAAGCCUGCACCUAAAUCAACUACUGAAAAAAAUUCAAAAUCACCAGCGGUCGACAAACCUGUUACAAAAUCAUCUGAAAAACUUACAUCGAAAACUACGGCACCUGAAAAACCAGCACCUAAAGAGACAUCUCAAAAGACUGCUGCUCCUGAAAAAACUGAAGAAGUAUCCAAGAUGGCUACUAAACCUCCCCUUGAAAAAACCCCAUCCAAGGUUUUGCGCAAACCGCCUCUUCAAAAACAACCUUCAAAAGAUGAAAUACAAGUAAAAAAAUGGAGGGAUCCCCUGCUGGAGCGUGUAAAGGAAAACAUUGACAAGACUUUAAAUAACGAAGUACCCAAGGGCCACACUUUAACUAAAAAUGAAAGUUUAAGAAGUUUGCUAAAACCAACACCACCACCUAUGCCACCUCCUUUACCACCAAAGAUGCCACCACCUCCGGAGUUCAAGAAAGCACCUGUCGAUCCUGCUAAGUUAAAGAGAUUGGAGCAGCUCCGAAGCAGGCCAAGGAGGCGGCCUGAUUGGAGUGACAUGAUGAAAGAAGUAGAAGAAGGUAGAAAACUGCGUCACGUUGAAUGUAAUGACAGAUCAAAUCCAAUAAUAACAAGGUCGACCAUUGUAAAGAACAAAGGACAAUUUAUUUUCGAAUCUGAAAAACCAAACACGCAUAAUGAGCUCCUGAAAGAAAUCAACAAGGGUAUUAAAUUGAAGAAAGUAAAAACCAAUGAUAGGAGUAAACCUAAUUUGGAAGGCUUGAGGAAAUUCAGAAGACAGAUGACUAUAGAAGAGCAAGUGCAGAAGUCUAUGUCGCAAGCCAAUCUCGCGGCGUCGCCUUCGGGAGUACUUGUUCCAGAGGGAGCCGCACCUCAAGAAGAAGAAGAAAUUGAUGAAAUGGACGACAUUGACAAAGUCAGAGAUGACUUACAAUCCACAAAACAGCUGUUGGCUAUGGAACUAAGAACAAAAGAAGCACAGGAAAGGGAAAUUAAGCGAUUACAAACUAGAAUACAAAACUUAGAAGCCGAGGUAGCUAGGGAACGCGCUAUUAUUAAACAAGAACAGCAGAAAACAGUAAUAUCAGUGACAGAUGCCUACGAUGAAAGAUUAGUUAAAAAUCUUAAAGAAGAAGUAGAAAAAGCCAAAGAAAGUGCUGAUAACUUAGAAAAGAAAUAUUUAGAAGCAGCAGAAGAAAGAGAUACUGCUAUAACAGAGGCAGAAGAACUAAAGAGAAGAAACGCCGAAUUAGAAAAGAAAUUAGAACAAGCAAUGGCCGGUAUUAUGCCAACAGGUGUGGGUUCGAGACGUUCGAGUCACGCUAUCAAACAACUAUCGGUUACAAAAGAUGACAGUUUUGAAGAAGAAUCAGAAUCUGAACCGGAGGAGGAGGAAAGUGAAGAAAAGAAACAAAAGAGGCUUGAAAAGGAAGUGAAAAAUAUGAAAAAUAAAAUCAAACAUUUAAAAGAGAAACAGGACCAUAUGAAAAAAGAACGUAUGGGCUUCAAAAUGGCUCUUAAAAAUCAACAGGCUGCACUGAAGGAAGAAAAACGUAAAUACAAAGAAUUGAAGCGUGAAGUUGAUAAGAUGGCGGCUAUGAUGAAAGAAGUUGGUUCGGACGAAGAAGAAGAGGAAGAAGAGGAGGAAGAAUCCGAAGAAGAAAAGAAGACCGAGUCAGAGGAAGAAGAAUCGGAGACUGAAACAGAACAAGACACUGAAAGCGAGACUGAGAGCGAAAGUGAACCAGAAGAUGCUCCACUCCCGAACAAAAAAGAUAAUCUGACAAAGCGAAUGAAACGACACGAGACAAGAGUACACGCUUUGAAAAAAGGAAAUGCUUUGCUCAUGGCCAAUGUAGAUCGGCUCAAAGACGAUGUUUUAAAGCAAAGAGAAGAAUCUGUGUCGUUACAAAAGGAGCUUGACUCUUUAAUUGAUGAUCUUGAGUAAUAACAUUAGUGGAAUAACGUAAUACCUAAAAUAAUACUAGCUUACUACUUAUUAAGUAUUAAUAAUUACAGAUGUUAUAAUACUACCGAUAAUGCCUAGCUUUCUAAUAACGUUAUUGCAAAGUUAUUAUUUGUUUUGAGCCACCGUUGCAAUAAUGUUUUCAUGUGUGAAUUACUCUAUAAGCAUUAUGACUUUAAAUUAUAGUAAUAUAGUAAUUAUAAGAUGUUGAUCGAAUAUGAACUACAUAUUUAAAACUUCUUUUUCUGAAACGUUAUAUGAUUUCAAAUUAUAUUAAUCAACUGAGUUGUACUUACUGAAAAUUUAACAUAUCAGAAUGAGAUUUAAAUAUUUUUAUACAAUUUAUUUUGUGAUAAUAUGUUUUCAUGAAAAAAAGUUACUUCAAAGGAUGUGCAUUAUUACUUUCUAGCAGUUAGAAUAGAAACAAACGAAUUGCCUUUAAUUUAGAAAUGCAAAUGCAUAACAGAAAAUUAAGACAUUGUAAGUAAGUGCUUAUUUCAAUAUUUUUUUAAACGGGCUCUAAGUACAACCUAGAAGCAGUGUGUCAAAAGUUCGUUUUUCGUCGCAAAGGAGUAUUUCGUCGCUAUACGCUAACGUGACAAUUUGUACAUUUCAACUCCUAUUAAAAAUCAUGAUAUGGAACUUUUCCAAAAAGAUUCGAGCUAUUUAUUACAAAGUCGAAUUUUAUUUUCUGUACUACCUAGUGUUAUUAAUAGUUUAUAAUAAAUAUUAAUUAAAAGAAAUUUACAAAAUCAUUCGAUAA